CCCAGGGCUGCUUCUGUCUGUCUGUCUGCUUCUCCGGAUGUACCAGGCCAAUCCUGAAGUUGUGCAAGCCGGGGCUCAAGGAGGCAUUUCAAAUGCGGCUUGGAGGUGUUCGUGUCAGACGGACACGUUAACAUCCUCUCCCAGCACAGGGAGCAUGUCACACGAAAGGAAGCAGCCUGAGGAACACAGAGCUCAGGAGGAUGAAAGUCAUCACGUGUGAAAUAGCCUGGCACAACAAGGAGCCAGUGUACAGCCUGGACUUCCAGUGUGCCACAGCUGGGAAGAUCCACAGAUUGGCGUCCGCUGGGGUGGACACCGCGGUCAGGAUCUGGAAGGUAGAAAAAGGACCAGAUGGAAAAGCCAUUGUGGAAUUUUUGUCCAACCUUGCUCGACACACCAAAGCUGUCAAUGUCGUGCGUUUUUCUCCAACUGGGGAAAUUUUAGCAUCAGGAGGAGACGAUGCCGUCAUCCUGCUGUGGAAGGUGAACGACAACAAGGAGCCAGAGCAGAUUGCAUUCCAGGAUGAGGAGGAGGCACAGCUGAAUAAGGAGAACUGGACUGUGGUGAAAACCCUGAGGGGCCACUUAGAAGAUGUUUAUGACAUUUGCUGGGCAACUGAUGGGAAUUUAAUGGCAUCUGCCUCUGUGGAUAACACAGCCAUCAUAUGGGAUGUUAGUAAAGGACAAAAGAUUUCAAUUUUUAAUGAACAUAAAAGCUAUGUACAGGGAGUAACUUGGGACCCUUUGGGUCAAUAUGUGGCUACACUGAGCUGUGACAGGGUGCUACGUGUGUACAGCACACAGAAGAAACGUGUGGCUUUUAAUGUUUCCAAGAUGCUGUCUGGAGUUGGGGCCGAAGGAGAGGCUAGAAGCUACCGGAUGUUUCAUGAUGACAGCAUGAAGUCCUUCUUCCGCAGACUCAGUUUCACCCCCGAUGGGUCUCUGCUCCUCACCCCAGCCGGAUGUGUCGAGUCUGGGGAAAAUGUCACCAACACUACCUACGUUUUCUCUAGGAAAAACCUUAAAAGGCCAGUGGCCCAUCUUCCGUGUCCCGGGAAGGCAACCCUCGCGGUUCGCUGCUGUCCAGUCUACUUUGAGUUGAGGCCAGUGGUGGAAUCAGACACAGCCACACAGGAGCUGGCUGGGGAGCUGGUGCACCUGCCCUACCGCCUGGUGUUUGCAGUGGCCUCCGAGGACUCUGUGCUACUCUAUGACACUCAGCAACCAUUCCCAUUUGGCUAUGUGUCCAACAUCCACUACCACACGCUUAGUGACAUUUCCUGGUCCAGCGAUGGGACCUUCCUGGCUGUUUCGUCCACUGAUGGGUACUGCUCCUUUGUGACAUUUGAGAAGGAUGAACUUGGCGUCCCUUUGAAAGAGAAGCCAGUAUUGAAUGUGAGGACCCCCGACACAGCGAAGAAAGCUAGGAGUCACGCCCAGCAGGGGUCUUCACCGGGGCCCAGACCUGCAGAGGGGACCCCCACUGCCAAAGUGGAGGAACCCAGCAGCCCCUCCACAACCCCCUCACCAGCAGGACAGACCCCAAGCCCUGCAGCCAUCAAGGAUGCUCCUACAACAACUCCUGGUACCAAGGGCCCCUUGCCAGGCUCUUCUGAGGAGGCCACGCUGCAGCCCUGCAGUCAGAACACGAAGGGCCCCCCGUCCCGGAGGGUCACUCUGAACACGCUGCAGGCCUGGAGCAAGACCACCCCCCGGAGAAUUAACUUAAUACCCUUGAAGACAGAGAGUCCACCAAAUUCUGUACCAGUCAGCGUAGUUUCCACCUCUUCUACUGAAGAAAUUCUAUCCGAGAUGCCUGGAGACCCCCAGGAUAGCCCUCCAGAACUAAAACGGCCCAGACCUGAUGAAAACAAAGGAAGCCCCUAAAACCUGGACUCUUGAUGGGACCUUGGCCUCUGCUCGGAGGCUACCAGGCCUGGGUACCACACUUGUGUGUGGAGCGAAGGGGUGAAGAUGCCAGGGCCCCAGGUGGUAUCAGCCAGGCAGAAGCAUGGAGAUUGACUCCUGUGAACUCACUUUCUACAGGAAUGUGUGCUUCUCUGUUUAGUCCAUUUCCUGGUGGGGACACAGAUAUUGCAGCAGUGAGCUGAGAUCGGAUCUGCUCGGCUCUGACUCCGUGAGGGGCACCACAGGCCCAUGACUAGUUGUCCCUUUCACUCGGAAUUAGGGAGAGGAGACAGUAGUCGGAACUGGUGCUGUGAAUCUUGGAAAGUCCAAGUGAUUAUUAGAUGUAACUUCUAAUUGGUGAUUAAACUUCAAAAGUUAGUUAUAUUUGUUUUCUGAUUUUAAAGGUAAUAAUGCUUAUUCUGUAUAGUAGGGUGAAGUACAAGGAAAUGGAAUCUAGAAGUGAGACUCACCCAAAAUCUCACCACGAGCUGUAUGUAGCAUAUUUUCUUUUUAGCACUUUUUAAAAGGUAUCCUGAGAUUUUACUUAUCUGAAUGUUACCUUUUUAUUUUAUUUUUUUAAAAUUUUUUCUUUUUGAGACAGGGUCUCACUAUAUAG